CCCUUGUAUUAUUUGGACUGAAGCUGAUGGAAAGCUUCAGACCAAAAAGAUCGCUCACCUGUAGUGUGGUUUUCAUUAAUUGUAUCUCAUUAUUAGAUUUGCUUCUUGGCAGGUAAACCUGAUGGGUUUUUCCUGCCUGGGUGUGUCCUCAUCAGCACCAUGGCUUCUGAAAUCGAAGAGCACAAGGCGACAUUAAGGGAGAAUGUUCUCUUCUACAUGACGGCCUUCUUCUGCUUGGUAGCCACUUUCAGCCUUUUCAUUUUCCUGUUUCUGGUACCGUUCUUCAUCGAGCCGGCUCUGGCGACGAUCUACAUGGAGUUCGAUCCAGAACCGGUCAUUUGUGAAACUACAGAGGCCAGUUUCCACCGAGGACUGUCCAACUGCCAGUGGAGCUCGUGCCGUGAAGGCUGCACCAAAGAGGUGUACGAAUGCUGGCACAUACGAGUGCGGUAUCGCAGCCGCGUGCCAGUUGGUAAAGCCGAUGCUCGCUCCGUUCGUGACCGCAUCAUUCAACACAAGUCGUCCUUAACGUAUUCGCCGCUGAACGAGCAGAUAAGUGUAAAGAACAGCAUCUACGGCAACCAGAAGGGACAGAGCUAUCCAGUGUCACCCAAUAGCGGAUUUGGGAUGGCUGUGUCAUCCGUAAACAGUUACGAUGAUCGGAUUCAAUCAGUUCUACCGGAAGAAGAUGAUGCUGAAAAGGAUGGCGAGUAUGCCUUGGCCGACGAAGGUGGCGAAGGGAUGCACGUCCACGAAGCUCGAUUGCAGCCGAACGUGAAAGGCUGCGGUUAUCCUCCAGAUGUGGAGUGCAACAACACUUUCGCUUCUGCUUAUGGCGUCGUAGGCGCCAACUUUUCUUGUUACUACUCGCUAAUCGAUCCUACGAUGGCCAUCACUCAACUCAACAUAGAGAAAAUUCGCGCCGAACUCAUUUAUUGCCUUACGAUCCCGAUUAUUUUGUUCGUCAUUUCCGUCGUCUAUCUCUUCUAUGCCUAUUUUAAGCUCUACGCUGAACCCAAUGCCGAUGGAGCAGUAGCCACACCGAGGGGUCCAUCAUUGGAUUUCGAUACAGUGGAAGGUAAAGUGGAAGGAGUGGUUGUUAGACAGCCGAUGAGCUCUCCUGUUAACACCGGAGGCAAGUAUGGAAUUCUUUACCAGUUCCCAUCGCCGGAUAGCACCCGGAUCAUCCGGCGAGCUAAGAGUGGUGGAGCUAUUACAUUCGCCGCCGCAAGCAAACCUACAGAGAAAGUAUCAAAAGAAAUGGAAAUAGUUUUUUCAGGAACGAAAAACUCGACAGGCAACUCGGCAGCUCACAGCAGAGGAAUGAGAAUAUCCAAAUCAAUGGGUGAUUCGAGAAGGCUAGUUUCAUCUGCGUUAUUGAGCCCCAACAAAGCUAUCUGCCCGAAAACAAGUACCGUCUUCACAGAGCGUUCCAAGGAAUGGCAAACGUCAUCACUUGGAAUCCGUACCAACGUCUCCCAGCAACCUGUUAACAGCAGCGCCUCACCUUCAGAGGAAGAAGUUACCCUACCUGUGUAAAAACACUGGCACAUGAAAAGCUGCCCGUUACCUAUUCUAUCUUGGCAUCAUGUUUGUAACAUUAACAUUUUUUAAACACCCAAUUCAAAUGUUUUCCCUUCAAAUUCCGUAUAAUGUGACUUUUAUUUAUUCCAUCCCAAAUUUGUCCUUUUGAAAUUCCUUUUUGCUGAUACCUUUGUAUUCACUAUUGUCUCGCGCUCCUAUUAGACUACUGCAAUUUUCCAAACAUUUAUAUGAAAAUGUUUUUUGCGCUGAAACGCAUCUCAAACGGGUUACGGAAGUGGGCUAUUCACUAAACAUUUUUCUUCCGUUUUGCCAUUCAAGCUUACGCAACCUUCCUUUGAUGUCAUUUUCCGGGAAGUGCAUAACGAGAGUGCCGUGUUAACAAGAUGGUGUCUACACUUUUUACAGCGCUUCUUUAACUAAACUAAUAUCUGCUGAUCAAAUGAAAUGAGUUGCUGACUAAAGUGUAACCUGGUCUUAAUAGCGCUAGUUUCAUGCCGUACUACAAUAAUACGAAUAUUAUGUAUCAUUUCAAAACCUUUUCCAUAGUGUUGUUAAGCUGGUAGCUAUACCAGUUGUGAUUAUGUAAGAAAGUUUCAUACAUAUUCCAUUAAGCACGUGAAACAGUGAACGUAGCUUACGUCGUUCAAUCGGCUGGGCGUCUAUCGUAUGAACCACAAUUUUGACUAUACGUUUUUAUUUCAAGCCAUUCAAAAUUCCAUGCAUUUUGCUGCCAAUAAUUAUUUUCUGGAGCAUACAGUACAUUUACAAGCUUCA